AUUUCCUCACCUCCCUUGGUCAAAUACUUAUACCUCACCUCAGCAGAUUCAUCUCUACUAUCUAAGGUGUAGUGUACCACCACCACCACCAACUCCCUCCAGCACCGCCAACAUCAACCAGCACUAAGCCACCAUCACCGCCUCCUCCAUCAUCCCUCCCCAGAUGUGCAAAACAAGAAAAAGAAAAAUUCGAAACAAAACAAAACCAAACAACACUACCCACACACUCACACACCCACACACCCAUAAUCUUUACCACCUUCCCAAACCCAACCCCCGUACCCAACCCUCCACCACUGGCCCCAAGCGCAAAUACCAACCCGCCCCGGAACCAAAGCUGAAACCACACAUUGAUCCCUCCAUGUUGCUGACCUGCAUAUACCCCGAUACGAAUCCUGCAGGAAUGCGGCGCAACCACGCGAGUCGGUGGUUCGGAGUUCAGUGGUCCAACGCCCCGGCCCCCGACCCCCGAGCAAAACCCUAAUCGAUCUGCGUGCCAUGCCACCACCGGUCAGAUUUUAGAUGGGACUCGCGCGGGUUCGGCCCGGAAUGAUCGCUGGGAUUCGGGGGUGGAUUUUGGUUUCGGGGGGAGGGAGGGAUUAUAAAGCCCGAAUGUACCGAGAAGGGAGGAGGGGUAGUUUCUGGGCUAUGGGUGGUUAGUAGUUAUAUACUAUUCGAAAAUAGAGACUGUAUAUUGCUUCAUUUUGUUUAUUCUGGUGAGAAGUGGGAGCGAGUCGUAGGU